AUGUUGAGGCCCUCAGAGUAUUUCGAAUUUCUCUCCAUGAAAAUGUGCACUGGGAAGGCUAGAAAGAAUCUUCCUGACGAUGUAAAACGUGAACGAAACAUUAUUCAUGCAGUGGAAACCAACAAUGUCGGAACGAAUCCUGUUGAGAAAGGGAUAACAAACCUAUCAUCUAUGGUUAUAAUUGUAAAAGAUCUUAUACAACAGUUUAAAAAAAGAAAAUCAAAAUCUUCCUAUCGUUCACUGUAUACAGCUGUUGAUCAUUUAAACUUUGGUGUCACUAAUCAGUCGUGCUUUGGCUUACUUGGAACCAACGGUGCUGGUAAAACAACCACAUUUCGUAUGUUAGUUGGUGAAUUGUUACCAACUUCUGGUGAAAUAUUAAUAAGUAAUAAGAAUAUAGUUAAAAAAAAGAAUCGUGUUCAAGUUGGCUAUUGUCCACAAUUUGAUUGGCUUGUACAAAAUAUUAAUGUUAAAGAAACAUUGUCAUUAUUUGCUCGUUUGCACGGAUUGCAUGAGCGUAAUAUACCCGAUCUGUGUACAAAUACUGUACAAUUGUUUGGACUUGAUGGCUAUGAAAAACGGGAAGUUCAAAAGCUAAGGUAUAGAAAGAAUCAACAUGACACUCUUACCCAAGCAAAAAAAAUGGAGUUAGAAUCGGGCGGUUGGAGCUGGAUAACACGGUUUUCGACCCGGUUAAGCUAGAUCCACCUUAAAAAGUUUAACCUAGGAUCGGGCGGUUCAACCUACUUUUGGGCGGUUGGGGAGGUUAUAAGCUAGGUUAACCGGCCGCUUAACCGA